UCGAUUACUAAUUUGAUUCAUCUGUUCCAACCGGUUUCAGUGAGAAUCGAGUACCCCUCUUACGAAAACCGAAAAAUAAAUGACCUUCUCUGCAAACGAGUUAUUUUCGAAGGAUUGUUAAAUUUUCAAGAAAAAUAUGAUUGGUCAGCUAAGCAGGGCCCAGCGAAAUCUUCUGAUUUCUGGGGGGCUGAUGGCUGGCUGGGUGGCCGGUACCUUGGUGCCCAACACUGCCGGGGUCAAGUGGUUACGUGACCUUGUAGCUGCAAACAUUGGCCUCUUCAAGGAGAUCAGACUAGAGCCCAGAACACACGAGCUUCUACAAGAGGUGAUUGCCGACAUCAACGCAUCCAGGAGUACCCCAGUGCAGUCUGACAAGCUGGACUUCCGUCUUACUAACAGACUGUACCCAAACUACAACUUCAAAGGCUGCUCUAAGCUGACAGGGGCAAUCAUAGACCUACCAAUCGGGAUGCGUCAGAAUGCUCGUGAUGUGUUCUACAUACACUGCAUGCUCGAGAUCAAAGAUCAUCUCAUUCACACCAGUCUUCUAGAACGGGACGAAAAGAAGUUCCUACUUGCCGAAGCAAUCCUUUACACUGAAGACAAUUACAUACUUUUCCGAUGUUUAUUCGGAGCCUUACUUGUAGCAACAGUUUCUGGUAUUGUUCACUAUAUCGGGGCAUUUGCUGCUAAACAGUUAGCAAUGUUUUCCGAUGUUGGACCCCUCAUAUUUUCCCCAGACGCUAUAAGAGCUGGAUUGUUCAGGAAAGAACGGUGGAGCAUUCAUAUGUUACGAGCUGUCCAUUAUCUGUCUGUGAUGAGUGUUGUUUGUACUGGCGUGUGUGUUUAUUGGCUCGGUAGAGGAAUGUACGCAACACGCCAGGAAGAAAAAGUUGUGGAGCAGGUGACGCGGUUAGGACCCGCUUAUGUGAAAGGUGGUGCGGACUAUUAUAACAAGCGUAUACUCACGAAUAAGAUACGGCGGGAGGUACUCAAUGAAAUGUUGCUGUUUGAUCGGGACGGGAACUAUUCCCCUGAGAGAUUAGGAAAUAGAUACUUUCCAAAGACUUUGCCUUUGACUGUCAAGUGGCAAAUGUAUUUGGACAAACUCAAACAAUUAAAUGCAGCUGAAGCAAAAACAUGGUCUUGAGAAACACUUUUGGAAAAAAAAUUGGUGUUAAACUGAGAAAGCAUGUUAUGUAAUAAAUGGUUUGCACAUGAGUAAAUGCAUUCUUAAGUACAAUAAUUGCAUAAUAAAUAAAGUGUUAUUUCAAGACUAAA